UGGACGUGAUCAAAUGUGACAGUUGAGAUCAAAUUCAGACGGGCAGCGCCGAUCGUGUGGCGUAGAGAGCGACUCGGUGGGAGGAGAGAGCAGAUUUAUUGCGGACUUCAUCCGAAGACGAACACACGCGACGAAGGAGCGGACGGGCCUGAGCAUGGGUGACCUGUUGGUGCUGCUGGCGCUGCUGUGGACAUCAGGAGUCCAGGCGGAAGAAAAACACGAGCCAGAAGAGGCUGAUUACAGGUUGGUGGGAGGAGCGAGUCGUUGCUCAGGUAAACUGGAGAUGAGGCUGGAAGAGUGGAAACCAGUCGCUGGAUCUGACUUGAUCCUGAGGGACGCGGCUGUCGUCUGUGAGCGUCUGGGCUGUGGCUCGGCUCUUUCUUUAGAAGAAAAGUUGCAAUCGCUGCUCUUGCCCAUGUGGAUGAUCACACCUAAAUGUCUUCAGUCAGGAAAGUCUUUGAAGGAGUGUGCUUAUCCAGAGAAUUUCAUUUUGGCCCUAGAGCUCACCUGUUCAGACUCCAUUAGGCUCCUCAAUGGGACCAGUAUGUGUUCAGGCAGACUGGAGGUGAAGUCCUCCCAGUCUGACCAGUCCAACCAGAGUUGGUCCUCUGUGUGCGACGCUGACUUUGACCACAAAGCUGCAGAAGUGGUCUGUAGGGAACUUGUCUGUGGGCCUCCUGUUGUCCUCCAGGGGGCGCUCUACGGAGAAUCGGAGGCUCCAACAUGGACCGAAGCCUUCCAGUGUGCAGGAGAUGAGUUUUCUCUCCUGCACUGUAGGCGCUCAGGCUCAACCAGACACACCUGCUCACCUGGCAGAGCUGUAGGACUCACCUGCUCAGAACCUGUCAGGUUAGUGGGUGAAGGAGCCAGCCGCUGUGCAGGUACGCUGGAGCUGAAACACCAGGGAGAGUGGAAACCAGUGAACUUCUAUGGGAUCAGCUACAAGAGAGCGUCUGUCAUCUGUGAACACAUUGACUGUGGCUCUCCUCUGUCUAUAAUUGACAAAGGCUCCUCAUACAAGUCUGUAUUAGGCAUUCGCUCUGACUGCUUACCUCCUGUCCACGCACUAAGGGGCUGCGUUUCUCCACAAGACGCUUCCGGAAUCAGCCACGUUGUCUGUUCUGACUCCAUUAGGCUCCUCAAUGGGACCAGUAUGUGUUCAGGCAGACUGGAGGUGAAGUCCUCCCAGUCUGACCAGUCCAAACGGAGUUGGUCCUCCGUGUGCGACGCUGACUUUGACCACAAAGCUGCAGAAGUGGUCUGUUGGGAACAUGGCUGUGGGUCUCCUGUGGUCCUCCAGGGGGCGCUCUACGGAGAAUCGGAGGCUCCAACAUGGGCCGAAGCCUUCCAGUGUGCAGGACAUGAGUUUUCUCUCCUGCACUGUAGGCGCUCAGGCUCAGCCAGACACACCUGCCCACCUGGCAGAGCUGUAGGACUCACCUGCUCAGAACCUUUCAGGUUAGUGGGUGAAGGAGCCAGCCGCUGUGAAGGUACUCUGGAGCUGAAACACCAGGGAAAAUGGACAACAUUGGGAAGUUACAACCUGACCUCAAAUGAAGCCGCUUUAAUCUGCAAACACCUGGGCUGUGGCAGCGCCGGUGUCUUACAACUACAACGUUUACCAAGCAUGACCAUGUUGACUCUGGUCCCUGAAUGUGUUUCCUCCGGUUCCGCUCUAAGGGAAUGUGUUUCUUUCCUGUUCUCCUUCCACUAUGUGCAUCUUACCUGCUUAGGCCAAUCAUUUCAGCCAAUCAUCUCUGUGUCUGACGGCAACACAACCUUGGAUGCCCAGCAGCUGAGCAUACGGGUGUCCAGAGGUUCCAGCUUCAUCAUCAGCUGCUCCAUCCAGUCACAGCAUCCGGGGGGCUUCUUCAAACUCUUCUUCACCUCCUCCAACACGGCACACAGCACAAUUCAGCCGGCUGUACACCACUGUGCCCAUUUUCUGUUCCCUAAAGCUGAGCCUGCCCACCAAGGAAACUACAGCUGUGUCUAUGUUGUCACCGUUUUCUCUCAAACAACUUUCUCUGAGAGCCAUGUGCUGUCCCUGACCGUCUCAGAUUCAACAGUUCAUCUCAUCAAAGUCGUCCUCCUGCCUUUGACUCCGCCAUUGCUUGUUGCUGUCUUGUUUUCCUGCUGGAAGGUCACCAGGAGGCAGAGGAGGCACAGACAGGACAACGUGGAGAUGCUCCAGUCCAACAUGUCUGCAGCUGGAGGACAGACAACCGAGGAGGAAGAGCAAAACAGUACUUCCAGAUGAAUUCAUCAAGCAAGACCACCAGAGCACAGUAGCUGUAUUUUUAUAAUUUCACUUUGAAAUCCAACAAACAACUGCCACAAACACCACUGCGUUUAUAUUCAGAUCACUGGAAGCGCUGUUAGUUGUGGUUUUGUGGGCUUUUUUUAAGACCUUGGAUUAUUUCUCCAAACACAUAGUUAAAUUCUGAGUCACUUUUGAAUUAACUUCCAUCAAAUGUUAUUAUCCAAUUUAUGUUUUUUUUUCUAAUUUAUGUUUUAUAUGAUGAUGGUGUAUACAGAUAUACAUAGGGAUGCAUUUAUCUGGAAAAGGAGUGGGAAGAAGGCAAAUUUAUUUACCCCAAAAUUAGUGUUCUGUACAUGCUAUUUCUUUUUUUUUUUGUAAAUGCUACUGAUGUCACCCAUAAUGUCCCCACCAAAUUGAUAUUUCAAUCAUGCAUUAUAUAAAAUAAAAUAGCAUUUAGCAAUUCUAUUAAGGUAUUGAAGCAAUAGUAAUUCUGAGUUUUGUAUGUUGUGCAUUAGAAAGUAUUGGUAUUAUGUUAACCCAGCGUCUACUAGCUUAGCAUAUAUUCAUGGUCAAUAAUCACACACUUAAUAUUCUUGGUUUUUACAAAUUUAUGAUUGUCGCAUUUCUGGAAUUUUGAACUAUACGGUAUCGAUUUUUCAUCGUCGGCUUGAUUUUUGAAAAAUAAAUGGCUUGGAUUAAA